AUGGCGCAAGAUGGUAGAGUAUUUGCCCACUCUGCGCGUCCUCAACCAGUGCGGUAUUAUCCGCCCCCCGAUGGGAUUCCUCUACCAGAUACCUUGAAUUCUGUAUGUCACGGUGCUCUAUCUGAAGACCUCAUCUACUCUAUGGAACCUCCAUUCCAAGAGGAUCGCAAAGCAGAACUUGCCGUGGAUGAUCUUGGCUGA